UGCAGCGCGCGCGGCUUCAUUUGGUGCUGAUGCUGCGCAGAGAAAAAAAAACACUCCAGAGUCUGAAGACCAAUCAGAGCGCGGAUCAGACUUCAGCAUCCCGUCGUUCUCUCUCUCUCUUCCUCCUCUCUGACUCUUCUCUUCCUCCAACACAGUUCCCGGACUCCCUGCAUUCCUUCUCCUGCCGCCGCUGACAAGACGAUGUUUCCGCGCACCGAGCGUACCGUACACACACCCAGAGCGGCACUGAUCAACUCGCUGCGGGACUUUUAAACUUAUUAUUAUGCCCUGUUACGCAAGGUUUGUGCUCCUGAUCCUGUGCCUGGUCCUGAUCGGGGAGUGCAGGAAACACAGAAGUAGGAAAAAGCGCUGGUCUGCGCCGGCGGAGACGCACAAACCCGGGACCCCUCUGUCCAAGAAGGUAUCAGAUGGAACUAAAACCAAAAAGCUGAAGACCAGUCACCUCCUGCGCAUCGACGAGCACGACUUCACCAUGAGGCCGGCCUUCGCAGGUCCAGCUGUUCCUGUGGGAGUGGACGUGCAGGUGGAGAGUUUGGACAGCAUAUCAGAGGUGGACAUGGACUUCACCAUGACCCUGUAUCUGAGGCACUACUGGAAGGACGAGCGCCUCGCCUUCCCCAGUACCACCAACAAGAGCAUGACGUUUGACGGACGCCUGGUGAAGAAGAUCUGGGUGCCCGACGUCUUCUUCGUCCACUCCAAGAGGUCGUUCAUCCACGACACCACGACCGACAACAUCAUGCUGCGGGUGUUUCCUGAUGGUCACGUCCUGUACAGCCUGAGGGUUACAGUCACCGCCGCGUGCAACAUGGAUUUCAGUCGAUUCCCGUUGGACUCGCAGACGUGCACGCUGGAGCUGGAGAGCUAUGCUUACACCGAUGAAGACCUGAUGCUUUACUGGAAGAGCGGCGAUGAGUCUCUGAGCACGGACGACAGGAUUUCUCUGUCUCAGUUUCUCAUCCAGAAGUUUCACACCACCUCCAGGCUGGCUUUCUACAGCAGCACAGGCUGGUACAACCGUCUGUACAUCAACUUCACCCUGCGGCGUCACAUCUUCUUCUUCCUGCUGCAGACCUACUUCCCCGCCACGCUGAUGGUCAUGUUGUCCUGGGUGUCCUUCUGGAUCGACCGCAGGGCCGUCCCUGCCAGAGUCUCAUUAGGUAUAACCACGGUGCUCACCAUGUCCACCAUCAUCACUGGAGUGAACGCCUCCAUGCCCAGAGUCUCCUACAUCAAAGCUGUGGACAUAUACCUGUGGGUCAGUUUCGUCUUUGUCUUCCUGUCUGUGCUUGAAUACGCUGCCGUCAACUACCUGACAACCAUGAGAGACGGAAAAGACCGCAGGCUCAGAGAAAAAGCCAGGGAGCAGUCGCAGACACUCCCCUGCACCUGCGGCAUGUCCCACGCCAGGACCAUGAUGCUGGACGGGACGUACAGCGAGGCAGACGCAAACAGCCUGGCCGGGUACACGAGGGCCUCCAUGGCAGCAGAGGAUGCUUCAGAAAAACAGGAGCGGAUGGUGGUGCAUCUCUCCCUGGACAAUGAGCCCACAGGGAACAAGCAGAAGAAGGGGAUCCGUGGCUUCAGGAUCAUCCAGAACACCCAUGCUAUCGACACUUACUCUCGCAUGAUCUUCCCUGGAUCCUACAUCCUGUUUAACCUGAUCUACUGGUGUGUGUACUGCUGAGCCUGUGUGGUUCAGCCUCAACUGGAAUAUCAGAGACGCCUGGCUGAAUAUCUCAAACUGACUCAGAGGUCAGCGCUGGACUGGGCCACAUAUGCAGCUUCCUUUUCCUUCACAGUCAUAUCACAAGCUCGGAUCCCCCACAGUCAUAUUAAAUGACCUCUUGGGGCUGGUUGCACAAGUUGUAGGGCUCUAUUGUUUGCCAGCACAAAUGAACUUGCGCUACAGUGAGCAUUCAGGGGUGUGUUUGUCCUAGAAUGAGGUGUGGUCAGGUGCAAAGGGGGCAUGGUUCUAUCUUGAGGGGGCAGGAAACAUAACUUUGAGAUCCACUGAUAAUCAAGAUCACAAAUAUUAAUACCGACUGUCCAGUGCCCAUUACACACACUAUUAGAGAAUAACACCAAAGAUUCCAAAUUUUUGAUAAUUUCUGAUGUAAUGAAAUAAAACUUCAGUCCGCCAUCAAAAUAUUAGCGGCCAGAUUGUGUGCUGCUUAGCUAGCAAAUUGGCCAAUCAGAAUCAAGUAUUCAAACCAGCCUUGUAAUAAACAUUUAUAACAACUCUUUCAACCCAAAUAUCUGUUCAUUGUCUGCAGGUUCUGCAUUCAUAUGCAGAUAUCUGUCUAUAUUAAUAAGAAGCAAUGUUAUGGAGCAUUGGAUCUCAACCUGGGGUCCAGACACCCCUAGGGGGCGCCCUAAAGAUCUGUUGCCUAUUCUGGUAGAAUUUUAUCAAUGAAAACAAUUACCAUUUUGACGGCAACAAAAUGGGGGGGGGGGGCAUACUGUCCUUGUAUGGUUCUGACCUUGGCAUACGAAGAGCAACGUGAGCCUGUUUUCUGGAAACCUUUUUUUUUAAAUUGUUAACUCUUUUUUUAGAUCUGUUUUGGUUUCAACCAUGUCCUGAGACAAACAUCUGUCUCUUUAGUGUCCAAAUAUUCCCCUUAGUUCACGCAGUCUGACGUGUUUCUGUCCGAGAUUGUCAAGAAAAAGCUUUGAACAACUGCAGAACUUAACCGUCUAUUAGAGGAUGUUGGACUCGUAGUUCUGAGCCACAGUCAAAUCUUUGUGCAAUCAGCCCCCUUUCGAGACUUUCCCUAUAACACCACUCUUCUCCCCUCUGAAGUACUCCAUCUUUCUGAUCAGACUGUCAGAGAAAUACCAGCAUAAAUAACUUGGCUGCCUUAGCCUCUGUGACUUUUGCAGCUUUGGAGCAGAAAGUGUCCAGAGCAGAUGGCUAAUGAGGCAAUAAGUGAGCUAAAUACCAAGCUUUCUUCCAUUGACAACACUCUGACUACACUGACAACAUUUCCCAUUUAAGUGACAGUAAAUGCUGCUGGCAUUAACCAGACUGGAUCAACCCGUGAAGUCAGGACUGAGCGGCAUCUUAUGGGCUUAAGAGCAGCAAACACCUCCGUAACUGAACAAAGUCUCUAUCUACAGUAUUUAUGGGCCUGUUUCAUUCACUGGCGUCCUUUUAGUUAACAUGAAUUAUUUAUUUUUAGUGCAGCAAUAGAUCUAUGUGCCAUUAUACCUUAAGUUGGCAAAGAAGCACGACACAGGGCUUGUACAGAACUGCUUGUUGCAUGCUGCAGACGUGCAAUACUAAUUCUUUCUUGUUGUAUAUUUAAUAGAAAGGACUUUCAAAAAACACGGAGAGCUUUAUCAGUGAUGUAACCGCCUUAAGUGAACAUUUUUUUAUACUCCAACAUGGUCUGAUGGCUGUGCUUUUAUUGUUUGUUCUUUUUUUUUCUCGCUGCUGUUUGAGUACAACGAGUGACUGCAAAGUAUAUAUUUGGGAUUUCUAAGCUGUGUUUCAUCCAGCUUAGCAUUUAAUCACGUCAGUAAAUAGUUAGCGUAAAAGCUACUCCGAGGCUGGACAUGCUGUGAUGACAAGUGCUUCAGUUUCACUCCACAGUCCCACAGUGUAUGAGGCUGAAACAACAGAAUCUCCAUGUUUAAAGGAAAUGUCCACAUAUUGGGGAAUGAGUUGUUUGAUGAGACGGCUUCGAUCAACAUGUCUGUGCAUGCACUGGAUGGAGCUGGAACAGAUGACAUGGUGUUACUUAUGAAGCAGGGGUAAAUGGCUAUUCUAGCUCUAGCAUGGUUAAAAAACAAAACACUAAAUUAGAUCAAGUUGUUUUUCACAUCUUAUUUUUCAAGUUUUAAAUAGGGCCCGACUGAUAAUUUUUGGGGCCGAUAUCAAAAAUCCAAAACCAAUAAAUUGGCCGAUAUCUUUCUAUGAUCUAAGUUUGAUCUGUUGAGAUAGAUUGAUAUGUAUAAAUACACAAAUUGAUUGUGUUGAUCCCUCAAAUGAAGACACUAACACUAAUAUGUAAUAAAUACAAGAUGGUCACUCAACUGGAAAAUAACUGCGCAUGUACGAGCAUCACUGCUCGAAACACUGGAGAGUGAUGAUGCUUGUUGUAAUCCAUAUAGCGCCCUCUGCUGGGUAAAGAUACCUGCUAGUGUAAUACUAUGAUACUCAAAUAAAAUGCUUGACUGGUGAAUAAAUCUAGUAAUAUCGGUGCGUAUCUGUGAUAAAAUUAGGUGAUACCAAUAGUCACUAGAUAUGAUAAUAUCGGCCGAUAUUAUCGGCUGGCCGAUUUAUCGGUCGGGCUCUAGUUUUAAACAUGCACUGAUAAUAACAUGAGGCUGUUCAUUUUAUAUCAUGUUAUUCUUUAAGUGGGACAUGAUGUCUGUGUGUGUGUGUGUGUGUGUGUGUGUGUGUGUGUGUGUGUGUGUGUGUGUGUGUGUGUGUGUGUGUGGGGGGGGGGGGGGGGUCACUUUAAUCAAUUUUAUCCAAAGCAAUCACAGAGUAGUACCGUAUCCAUCCUUAGACUGUCUGUGAUUAUAUUGGUGAGUUAUGUAGCUGGAUUGUUAUGACGUACAAGAAGGUUCCCCUAAUUCUUUUUCAACCCUCCAAGCUCUGAUUGGUUGAAUGUUAGGAGGUAUUAGUGACCGACCAUGAAUCACCCUAUUUGACUAAUCUGAGGUGAUUCAGGGUCUGUAACCAGACUAAAGGCUAGCUAUUUCCCCCUGCUAACAUGCAAGCAGCACAGAUAUGAGAAAGCUCAUUCUGGAAAUGUGAAAUCCUCAUAAAGCCGAGGUCUCAGCGUGAACUAAAAAUCCUUUUAGACAACAACAAUGGACUGUGGACUUAUUUCAGCAAAUAUUUCAAGUCUCAAUGUCACUUCUUCUCACAGUGUUUCAUAUCAUUGUUGGGAUGAAUCAGACAAACGGAUGGUUUCUCUGAACAAGAGAAGACGAGCACGCUCUCAGAUCCGUCAGCUUCCAAUCAAACAUCACUUCUACCUUCUACUCCAGGAAAUGUUCAGAAUGUAAUGCUUUCAGAGCAAAUUUCAUAAAUAAAGUCUUUCUUUCACACAUG